UUCAAAAUCAAGUUCAUUUGAAUGAUGUUUUUAAUGUUUUUUUUUCUUUAUAGCAUCUACAAAAGUGUAAAAAUAAUUUGUUUGAGAACCCAAAAUUUUUUAUUAAAACGGACGUUUUUAAAAUAAAUAUUAUAUAUCUGUGACAUCUCUGUGGACUUGUUCAUAUAGCGUGUUUAUUUUCAUUUGUAUUAUGUCUCUACAGAUGUCUGAAGCAUCAGAUAGUGCUCACAGAAGGCCACCGAGAAGGCGUUGUCGCAUUCAGCAAGCAUCUUCAUCAUCCACAAGCUCAGCCCCCGCAGCACCAUCUCCAGCACCAUCUCCUGUUGCGGGGUCUUCGCGAACAUCUGCGUCACCAAGGGGAGGUGGAUGUAGCACUGACCAGGACCGGCAGGAAGGUUCCAGAGUCUCCACUAGUGAUGAUAUGGAGUUCGUUGUCCCUCAUAUAGACAACGAACUCCUUAUCCAGCUGGUGGAGGCGUGUCCCGCGUUAUGGGACCACACCAACCUCCUACAUGCUGACCAUCAUUAUACCAAGCGGCUCUGGAUGCAUAUAUGUGAUUCUUUAUUCACCAGCUGGGAGGAUCUCACUGCGGCUCAGAAAGAUUUUGUUGAAAAGGUUAUAACUCGUGGCGAUCAAUCCGGGACCGCUUCAAGAGAGAUUAUAACAGGGAGGUUCAGGCCCCGAGUCGAUCCGGAGCAACCUCAAAGCCGCAAUAUAUGUAUUCUGCGGCUUUGGAGUACUUACACCGGACGCAGGCUGUUAGAAGUAUUGCCAGCAGCACAUGGGUGCCAGAACCAGCUCUUAAAGCGGACCUGGAAUCGGCCGCCACCCCCAGCCCACCUAUCUCUCAUGCACAGGUUUAGGACAAUACUGGGUCUCACAUUGGAGACAAAGUGUGACGGAUAUGUUGAAUAGCAGGAGAUCUGGUUGGAGCCGUCAGGAGGAUUAUGGUAACCUUGUAGAGAUCGUUUCUGGCGCUCUAGAAGGUUUUGCAGAAGAUAUGAGGCGAGUGUUGGAUGACUUUGCAUGUCGCCUGGAGGGGGCGGAGGCGACGCGUCAACUCACCGUUCACCAACAUUACCCGCAAUCCCUAAACCCCCCUGAUGGACCAAAUGACGCCCGAGCAGGUGCAUGAGUUUAAAAAUUUUGUGGAGAACGGGUGGUGGGAAAUUUUGCACCGGCCCACACCUACCCCCCAUCCACCACCUACCCCCCAUCCCACUAUUUCCAACCAUUCCCUUUCCACCAACCAUCCCAUUCCCGCCAUCCGUCCCUUCCCCCCCCCCAAGCAUGUGUUGAAUCUUCCUUCCUUUUCUUCAACGUCUUCUCCUCCUCACUAUACCGCUCUAACUUCUUUUCAAACUACCUCUUCAACACAUGUUCAGGAAUAUUCCAAUUCCGACCCAUCCAUUCUCAACACCCCUCAAAUACCACCUGCAUUUU